UCUUUGCGGUCUCACUUACCGCUGGGGGCCAUGUGCAGGCUUCAAAUUUACUCAACAGAGAAUAGAGUAGUCGCUUUGAAAGGAGGUGAAACACACUGGAAAUCAUCCAAGCCAUAGUGCCAUCAGGGCAACAUGGAGCCGGUGAAAAAAGAUGCGAAGGCAAAUCCUUCUGCUACAGCAAAUCUAUUUUCCAUGGUCUUCUUCUGCUGGCUAAAUCCUUUGUUUAGCAUUGGAUACAAACGUAGACUAGAGGAAGAUGAUAUGUACAAAGUGUUGCCGGAGGAUCGAUCUGAGAGACUGGGAGAGGAACUGCAGAGCCACUGGGACCAUGAGGUGCAGAAGGCUGCCAAAGAGCUUCGACCCCCAAAUCUCACCAAAGUCAUCAUAAAGUGCUACUGGAAACCCUACGCAGUGAUGGGUGUCUUUACUCUAAUGGAAGAAGUGAUUAAGGUGAUCCAGCCAGUCUUUCUGGGUAAGCUGAUCCAGUACUUUGAGAAGUACGACCCGAAUGACACGGACGCUCUGUAUGCUGCCUUGGGCUACGCCGCCGGUGUCUCUCUGACCACCUUAGUCUUGGCCGUUAUGCAUCACCUCUAUUUCUACCACGUCCAAAGGGCCGGCAUGAAGAUCCGGGUGGCCAUGUGUCACAUGAUCUACAGGAAGGCUCUUUGUCUCAGCAGUACAGCGAUGGGAAAAACCACCACAGGCCAAAUAGUGAACCUGCUGUCCAACGAUGUUAACAGAUUUGAUGAGGUGACCAUAUUCCUGCACUUCCUGUGGGCAGGGCCUCUGCAGGCGGCCGCCGUCCUGGGGCUGUUGUGGUCGGAGAUUGGCCCGUCGUGUCUCGCCGGCAUGGCCGUCCUUCUCAUCCUCAUGCCGAUACAGACCAUGUUCGGGAGACUCUUCUCCAAGUUCAGAAGUAAAACUGCUGCCUUGACUGACAACAGGAUACGCACAAUGAACGAGGUGGUGUCUGGGAUCCGGAUCAUAAAAAUGUAUGCCUGGGAGAAGCCCUUCUCAGCCCUGGUCAAUGAAGUCAGGAGGAAGGAGAUCUCCAAGAUCAUGUCGAGCUCCUACCUGCGGGGCCUCAACAUGGCCUCUUUCUUUGCGGCCAGCAAAAUCAUCGUCUUCAUCACCUUCACCGUCUACGUCCUCCUGGGCAACACCAUCUCGGCCAGCCGGGUCUUCAUGGCCGUGUCCCUGUACAAUGCCGUCCGCCUCACGGUCACGCUGUUCUUCCCGACGGCCAUCGAGAAGGUGUACGAGACACGCAUCAGCAUACACAGGAUCAAGACUUUUCUCCUGUUGGAUGAGGUUGUGAAAGGCAACCAUGGAUUCCUCCAGGAGGAGAAGAAGGAGCCCUCAGUAAAGAUCCAGGACUUGAUUUGCUACUGGGACAAGAGUCAGGAAACUCCGUCUCUCCAGAAGGUUUCACUCACGGUGAAGUCGGAGCAGCUCAUUGCUGUCAUUGGACCCGUGGGAGCUGGAAAGUCCUCUCUGCUCAGUGCCAUCCUGGGUGAGCUGCCUCAUGACAAGGGUGUGAUAGAAGUCAAAGGUCAGCUGACCUAUGCCUCCCAGCAGCCCUGGGUGUUCCCUGGCACCAUCCGGAGCAACAUCCUCUUUGGCAAAGACCUCCAUCCUGAGAAGUACGAGAAGGUCCUGAGAGACUGCGCCCUGCAGAGAGACAUGGAGCUGCUGCCAGAGGGGGACCUGACAGUGAUCGGGGACAGGGGAGCCACACUCAGCGGGGGACAGAAGGCUAGAAUCAACCUGGCCCGAGCUGUGUAUCAGGAUGCUGACAUCUACCUGUUGGAUGACCCCCUGAGCGCUGUGGAUUCGGAGGUUGGGAGACACCUGUUUGAACAAUGUAUCUGUGGUAUCCUGAAGAACAAGCCCCGCAUCCUGGUCACCCACCAGUUGCAGUACCUACAAGCAGCUGACCAGAUCCUUGUCCUGAAGGAGGGUCACAUGGUGGCUAAGGGGACGUAUAUGGAGCUGCAGCGCUCCGGCGUUGACUUCACCGCCCUGCUGAAAAUGGAUGAGGAGGAGGGGCCACAAACCCCGAUUCCGGAGAGUGAUGGCCACCCGGCCCGCAGCCGCACCUUCUCCCAGAAUUCAGUGCUCUCCCAAACUUCCAUACGCUCCGCUCUGGACGGAGCUGAGCCGCUUCCGGGCGAGCCUGUUCACAUGCUAGCGGAGGAGAGUCGCUCCGAGGGGAACAUCGGCUUCAGCAUCUACUUGAAGUACCUGAGGGCAGGCGCCGGCAUCCUAAUGUUGAUAGUGGUCAUAUUACUACAGUUCCUGGCUCAGACAUCGUAUAUUCUGCAGGACUGGUGGUUGGCAAAUUGGGCCGGGGAUCAAGAGGAGCUCAAUGGCACGGUGAUCAUCCAAGAUGGCGUCAACGUCACGCAAACGCUAAACCUGGAUUUCUACCUGAGCAUUUACGCAGGUUUGACCAUAGCAACACUUGUGUUUGGCUUUACCAGGAGUCUGCUGAUGUUCAAUGUGUUAGUGAAGGCCUCGCAUGCGCUGCACAACCGCAUGUUCAACUCCAUCCUGCGGACGCCGGUGCGCUUCUUCGACGUCAACCCGAUUGGAAGGGUCCUCAACCGCUUCUCAAAGGACAUUGGCCAAAUGGACUCUGCGUUGCCUUGGACCUUCGUCGACUUCGUAGAGAUCUUCCUGGAGAUCAUCGGGGUGAUCGCUGUAGCCGCCUCUGUCAUCCCCUGGAUCCUCAUCCCUUUAGUUCCCCUUGUCAUCGUCUUCCUGUUCCUGAGGCGCUACUUCCUGCAAACGUCACGAGAUGUCAAACGGCUUGAAGCCACAACUCGGAGUCCCGUCUUCUCCCACCUGUCCUCGUCCCUCCAAGGGCUUUGGACGAUCCGAGCGUUCAGGGCUGAGGAGCGAUUCCAGACGGUCUUUGACGCUAAUCAGGAUCUGCACUCAGAGUCCUGGUUCCUUUUCCUGGUGACCUCUCGCUGGUUCGCCGUUCGCCUGGACGGCAUGUGCUCCAUCUUUGUAAGCAUCACUGCCUUUGGCUGCAUCCUGCUCCGAGACCAGUUGGAGGCCGGGUCUGUGGGCCUGGCGUUGUCCUACGCCGUGACUCUCAUGGGGAUGUUCCAGUGGGGGGUUCGGCAGAGUGCUGAGGUGGAGAACAUGAUGACAUCUGUAGAGAGGGUGGUGGAAUACACAAACCUGGAGAGUGAAGCACCCUGGGAAACCCAGAAGCGUCCUCCCCCUGAAUGGCCCAGCAAAGGCAUGAUUACCUUCGACCGGGUCAACUUCUCCUACAGCGCAGAUGGACCGGUGGUGUUGAAGGACAUGUCGGCCAUGUUCAGGCCCAAAGAAAAGGUUGGCAUCGUAGGCAGAACGGGGGCCGGGAAAAGUUCCCUGGUCUCAGCCCUGUUCCGCCUGGCAGAGCCAGAGGGCAAGAUCUACAUCGAUGGAGUACUGACCUCCGAAAUCGGGCUUCAUGAUCUACGCCAGAAGAUGUCAAUCAUUCCCCAGGACCCUGUUCUUUUCACUGGCACCAUGCGCAAAAACCUGGACCCUUUCAAUCAGCAUACAGACGAGGACCUGUGGAAUGCCCUGGAAGAGGUCCAGCUGAAGUCUGUGGUGGACGAUUUGCCCAAUAAGAUGGAGACCGUCCUGGCAGAGUCGGGCUCCAACUUCAGUGUGGGUCAGAGGCAGCUGGUUUGUCUGGCCCGAGCCGUCCUAAGGAAGAACCGCAUCCUCAUCAUCGAUGAGGCCACGGCAAACGUAGACCCCAGAACUGACGAGCUGAUCCAGAAGACGAUUCGAGACAAGUUCCGGGAGUGCACUGUGCUCACGAUCGCCCACCGCCUCAACACCAUCAUAGACAACGACCGCAUUCUGGUUCUGGAUGCGGGUCAGAUCCACGAGUAUGAUGAGCCCUUCACUCUUCUUCGGAACCGCAAAGGCAUCUUUUUCAAGAUGGUCCAGCAAACAGGGCGACAGGAGGCAGUGGACCUCCUGCAUGCAGCCGAACAGGCAUACAACAGCCGGAGUCGUCCGAAUACGACCAGCGGAGGGGUUGAAGAGGACGGCAACUUGGUCAUCUUCGAGACAGCCCUGUAAAAGCCCAGAGGAGGGUUUGAAUAUAGUUUCAAAGCCUUUCGUACCUGCUGAUCAGAGUCAUCUGGCCCGGCGUCGACACGGCUGUUUCCAGUCACCACGGAGAUUAAUGGUGCUUUAUCAGCACCCUGUAAAUUCCACCCAGUAAACUCCACACUGGAAGCUGCAGUUGGACAGGAAGCUGCUAUGAUUGAAUAAUUCGUUUGUGUUCUAGAUUGUUUCCAAACUCCAGUCCUUUGCUUGUAAACCAAGGCAAGCACCCCUGAUUCAACUUGCAAACUAAUCAUUAAACCCUCAAUUAGUUGAAUCCAGAGUUUGUUUGCUACAACAAAGAUGUGUUCUGUUGGGUGUAAUGGUUGACUGGAGUUGGACAACACUGUUCUAGAGGGUUAGUUGAGUCAAAUACACUUGUGUGUGAAAGUUGGGACAGUAUGAAGUAGGAUAACAAUGUAAACUUAAAGACUCCAACCAAGCUCUUAUUUUGUUUUGUUUGUUUUUGUUAAAUGAUUAAUCAAGACUCAAGACAGUUGAUUGUGUAAUCGUUGAGUGCCUUGACCGAUAUUUUGACACUUCUGAGGGCUUAUUCCUCAUCUGACGGAAAGUCUAGCUUAGCUGGUGCCUUUUUCAGUGUCCUGUUUUAGAUUGUUUACAUAAUUUGUAUGUAUAAUUAUUUAUUUUUUGUAGUAAUAAUGUUUAUUCAAAAGUUAAAGCUAAAGAUAUUUACUCAUUCCAAGUCAAUGUCAUAUAAAAUCUUUUUUUUUUUGUACACAGUGAUUUUAUGUCUACACAACUUUUGCACCAGCUCUCCAAAUGCUUUAUUUAUAUCUACUGUACAUGCAGUAGUCUGUGUAUCCAUGUACCAAAGAAGACCUUUCAAUGUAUACUCAACACUCAGGUUGAAGUCUGUUGUUAACCUAGCCUCAUAAAUGUUAGCUCUGUGUCUGUGAGGUUUUCCAGCAUGAUUCAAGUUAUUUUAUGUGCCUUUGUGUUUUGUGCUGAUCCUCAUUCCUGAUUGGGCUCCAGUGUUACACAAGGUUACAGAGGCGUUCGCUAAAAUAUCACCUACAGUUCUAUUUCUGAGAGUGCAAUGAGAUUCAAUAUUGUAUGUUCUCUAACCAUUUCCUCCUUGUUUCACAAUUGCAACGAGUAUGUAAAUGUUUUUUUUUGUUGACAUUUUGAAAAGGUCUGUACUGAUGUUACAAAUGCCAAUAAUGUAAUACAUAUUCUGGACAGUCACUGUGCAUUGUUUGUAUAAUUUCUUUAAUUUUCUAUUAAACCUGAUUAUACGAAAU